AUGUCAGUUCCACCACGUUCAUGGCAAAAACCCUCUCAAACUCAUCCCCACCAACAACCAGCCUCACCGCAAAUGAAUACACCACAAUACUUAUCACCAUAUGUUCCUCCAAUUUACCCACCAAUUUUUACUUCUCCAUUUACACAAUUUGGAGGGAUAGAAAAUGAAAUGGCUCAAAUUUUAAUGACAAUAGGAAUGGGUAAACCACUUAUUGUAAAAACAGGACAAAUAAUAUAUCAAUUCAUUCAUGAAUUAAAAAUUGAUAACUUGGUAAUUAGUUUAUGGAAAAAGAUAGAGGAGAUUCCUAUAACUAUUCCAAUUAAGAAGAUGUUUUGGAAAAUAUACAUAAUGUUGGUAGGAGAAGAAAAGAACGACAGAAGUGGAUAUUUGUUUUUGAUUGGAAUAUUUUUAAUGAUUCCUUAUCUCCACCGUAAAUUUCAUAAUCCAACAAUCUCUUUUCAAUAA